AUGGCGGUCCGAUUACUUUUCAUUCAUAUAAUUCAAUGUAAUUCUUACCGCUGUUUGAUUACCAUUUUCUUUCUAUCUUCGCCAUUUUCUUUCUAUCUUCGCCAUUGUAUUUUCUCACUCUGGCAUUUUAUUUCACACUCCGCCAUUUUCUUUCUCUCUUCAACAUUUUCUCCCUCUCUACGCCAUUUUCUUUCUCUCUACGCGUUCUUCUUUCUGACUCCUACAUUUUCUUUCUCUCCCCGCCAUUUCCUCCCUCUACCAAUAUUUCUUUCUGUCUGUCUUCCUCUCCCUGCCAUUUUCUUUCUUUCUCUCUCCGCCAUUUUCGCUUUCUUCGCCAUUUUCUUACUCUCUCCGCCAUUUUGUUUCUUACUCCACAAUUUUCUCUCUAACUACCAUUUUCUUUCUCACUCCGCUAUUUUAUUUUUCUCUCCGCCAUUUUCUUCCACUUGCCAACAUUUUCUUCCCUUGGCCACCAUUUUCUUUCUCUCUUCGCCAUUUUCUUUCUUACUCCACUAUUUUAUUUCUCUCUCAGCCAUUUUCCCUCUCUCCGCCAUUUUCUCCUUCUCUCCGCCAUUUUCUUUUACUCGCCGACAUUUUCUUCCACUCUCCGCCAUUUUCUUUCUCUUUCCGCCAUUUUCUCCUUCUCUCCGCCAUUUUCUUUCUCUCUCCGCCAUUUUCCCUCUCUCCGCCAUUUUCUUUUACUCGCCGACAUUUUCUUCCACUCGCCGACAUUUUCUUUCUCUCUUCACCAUUUUCUUUCUUACUUCUUUUUUAAUUUUCUUUCUUUUUCCUUCUUUCAAUGUCUAUUCUUUUUCAUUUCUUUUUGUUCCGCUCCUACCCUUCCUACCUUCCUUCCUUCCUUCCUCCCUCCCUUCCUUUGUUCCUCCCUUCCUUCCUUACUUUCUUCCUCCCUCCCUCCCUCCCCCCUCCCUUCCUUCCUUCCUUCCUUCCUUUCUCCCUCCCUUUCUUUUUUUCUUUCUUCCUUCCUUCCUUCAUUCCACCCUCCCUUCCUUCCUUCCUUUCUUCUUUCUUUCCUUCCUUCCUUCCUCCCUACCUCCAUUCCUUCCUUUCUUCCUUCCUUCUUCAUUCCUUCCUUCCAACUCUUUCCUUUCCUUGCUUCUUUUUUAUAUUUCUUUUUCUUUAGCUCCUCCCCUUCAUUCUCUAAUUCUUCCUUCUUUCGUUCCUUUCUUUUUCUUUUUACAGAUACUACCUUUCCUUCUUUCCUCCCUCCAUUCCUUCCUUCCUUCCUUCCUUCCUUCCUCCCUCCAUUCCUUCCUUCCUUCCUCCCUUACUUUCUUUCUUCCUUCCUUCCUUCCUCCCUCCUUCCUUCCUUCCUUCCCCUCCUUCCUUCCUUCCUUCCUUCCUCCUUUCCUUCCUUCCCCCUCCCUUCCUCCUUCCUUCCUUCCUUCCUUCCUUCCCCUCCCUCCUUCCUUCCUUCCUUCCUCCCUUCCUUCCUUCCAACUUUUAAACGCUUUCUUUCUUUUUGUUAGUUUUUCUUUUCUUUUUAUAUCCUUUUCUUCUUUCUAA